AUGUUUCUGUUUAUGUUGUUAUCAUAAAUAUUAGCAUGUUCAGGUAUUGAUUAUAUGUUAUGUAGAUCAGAAUUGUCUUGAGUGUAAUUAACCUACUAUUUGCACUGCUUGUGUAAUGAUUUUUGACCAAACUCUUAGGUUUCUUCGUUAAUAUUAAGCAACAAUGAAUGUGUAUCCAGUUGUCCUUCAAAUUAUUAUCCAGAUACAAUAAAUAAUGUGAGAUAGUGUUUAAAAUGUAAUGAUAAAUGUUUGGAAUGCUUUAAUGGUUCACCAACUGGUUGUACUAAAUGUAUGAAGCCUUUAAGAUUAAUGUGUGGAAAUUGUAUAGAUAGUGAAAUAGAUUCAGAAUGUUAUGAUUGUAGUUCAUAAUGUGUAUUAUUAUUAUUAAUUAUAUAGAUAACAUGUUUUGGUAGAACAUCAUCAGAAUGUUAUCUAUGUAAAAUUCCAAAUUUUCUGUCUCCAGUUAAUAAUAGCUGCUAAUUAACAUGUGAUUUUCCCUUAUAUGGAGAUCUGAAUGAUUUCUAAUGUAAGAACUUUUGUCCAUCAGGAACAUAUGGAUAACCAUUCACUAGAUAAUGCUUACCUAAUUGUCCAGAUCCAUAUUUCAAAAAUGAAUUAAAAACUGAUUGUGUUAAAGAAGUAUGCUUAUCAUAACAAUUUAAAAGUGUCCCAAAGGUACAUAUUCAUAAGAUAGAUCUUGCUUAUUGUGUAAUAUUACUUGUGAAACAUGUUUUGGUGGAGAAUCAACAGAUUGCAUCUAUUGUAAUACAGGUUUUUACAUGAAUAAUCAAUUGUGUGGUUAAUGUGAUAGUAAAUAAUACUCAAACAAUUAAACAAGAACUUGUGUAGAUUAUCUUACAUAUUCUCUUAAUAUUUUAGAAGCAUAUGAUUCAACUAUAGUUUUUGAAAUUUCAUUUUCAAGUAGUAUCAAUCCUGAUACUCUUGAUAUUAUAUCAUAAAUAAAUGUUUAAGAUAUAGAUAGCUCAUAAUAUUCAAUGUAAAUUAUAAUUAUUAAUAAAUAAGGACCUUAAGUUCUGUUUAAGAUGAUCAAUUCUUUAUUAUUACUUUGGAUUUUGAUAUUUCUCAUAAAAUUACUUAAAUCUCUUGUAAUUUUACUAACAAUAUUAUGAAUGAAAUUCAAACACCUAUUCUUUAAUCCUCUGCAAUUCAAAAUUUAUAAAUACCAGCUUAAUUUAUUCCACCUGAAGAAGAAGCAUAUAGUAAAGAAGUUAAUACUUAUCUUAUAAUCAGUUAUUUAUCUUAUUUUUGCUUUUUAUUUUUACUCUGUUUAAUUUUAAGAACUUAAAGAAGAAUGUUUUAUCUAAUUAUUAAUAACUUGUAAUUUAUAUAAGUCAUGAUUUUUAUCAAUUUUACUUUCUCAACUCUUACUUUAAAUUCACUUAAACUUCUAGAUAUUGUUAAUUUAAGAAGAAUACCAGCAUUGGGAAUCUCAGAAGAUGGAAUUAUUAUAUAUUUCUUUAAUACACCUAUUUACAAUCAAAUUCCUAAUAAUAAUUUAUUAUAUAAUGCAGGAUAUUAUUAUAAUUUCAUUGCCAAUGGAGGAAUAUAAAUCUUAGGAAUAUUAUUAAUAUUUUGGCUUAUUUGGAUAAUUAGCUAUAUUUUACAUAAUUUAUAUCAAAUCAAUAAUAAAAUAGAAACUUUGAAAAUUUAUAGAACAAUGCAUGAAGGUAGUAAUGAUUUACUUGUACGUAUUCAUGAAUUUCUAUAUUUUCCAUUAAUCCUUAUUUCUAUCUUACAACUUUGGGGAUAUGAUUUUAGUUCUGAUAUCAACAUAGCUUCAUUUGUUUUAUCAAUUGUUACUAUCUUAUACUAUCUUUUAUAUUUCAGAAGUGUUUACAAAUCAUAAUUUCUUGAUUUAGAUCAAUAAGAAUUAGAAAAUAAAUAUUUCACAUUCUUCUCAGAUUUCAAAUAAUCAAAUGAAAUUAAAAAGAACUAAGAGUUUAUUAAUUACUUUUUGAAAACUAUUAUUGCAUGCUCUCUUAUUUUACUUAAUAAUUAUCCUUACAUUUAAUUUUCCAUUUCAUUUACAUUCAUUGUAUUAUACUUCUUACUUUUAAUCUAAAAACGUCCAUAUUUAAGAAAUAUCAUGAAUUAUUCUGCUAUCUUUGGAUAUCUUAUAAUCAUAGGAUUGUAUAUAACAAUUAUUGUUUCAGAAGUGGAAUAUCAAGCACAAAUUAAUAAUAUUGCUAUUACAAAAGAAAAUGUUCAUAGAUAAUAUAAUUUUGGAUUAUCAUUCAUGAUAUUAAUUUAAAUUAUCCUAGGUUUCUUUGCCAUUACUUUUAGUUAUAAUAAAUUUUAGGAUUAUUUAAAAUUUUUAGAUAAAAAACCAGAUUGGGGAAAGAAUUUUCUUUAAAAGAUGGAAAAGAUUUUGUUUUCAGAUAAAAUCUAAGAAGUUGAGAUGGGGAACAUGUCUUUUAAUAAUUGA